GAGCUUCCAAAGGACUAAACUAGUCAAUUAUGUGACAAUUCCUGCACUUUAUUGGCAGGAAGAAGACAGACCGAAAGAGGCGUUAGCCAGAGGUAACCCAGACGGGCACAAAUAAUAACAAUGACCACAUACAAGUGAGAAAACACUACAAAAGACAUAACACCCUACACAUUUAUGGAAAGUAGACAAAAUAUCGCAAAAUCAGAAAUGAAGACUACCAGAGGUAUAGAGAGUGACUUUUACGGCUCAGACAUACAUCGCCAGUUCAACAUGCUCGGAGAAUACCUUGGAAGGUACGAAAAGGUUAUAAACGACGAGCAUGCAACAACUCCUUGUAAUCCUACGACAGAGCCAGAAGAGUCACCUUUUGCGAGCACAGAGGGGUCAUUUAGCGAUGAAUCUGUGGAAUCUUUGAUUAAUGAAGUCGAAGACUUUAUUUCAAAGGAAGAAGAUAGUUCGGCAGAAGAACAAGAGGACACCAACACUCUGCUUGAAAAACUUCAGAUUGCACAAGAUACCAUAAAGGAGCUUCAGAUGGAGAAUGAAAAGGCAAGCGAAGAUUAUUUCAAAAUGGAACAAAUUAUGAAACAAACCUAUUACGAAGAUCUCCGGAGGAUUAAAGGUGAGCUCGAUGAGCAAAAGGUUAGUAGUUUGAUUCUAGUUAGAUGGUAA